GGCAAGCGCGCCGCACACACACACACACAAGGUGUGUGGAUAGGCAAAGGGCUUCGCAAGAACCCUUCUUCAUUUAUACUCCCGCCCACGGACGGAGGGGGAAAAAGCGCAGCGGUUUGCUGCGACUGGAAUUAAUUUUCCUUCCGUGCAACAGUGAAAGCCUGUUGAGGCCGGGAUGUUUGGCCGGGAAGAGCGAUGCUGAUGCCGGGUGCUGAAGAUGGUCAGUGUCUGGGGAGGGUGAUCCGAAGAUGGAUUCUGCAGGAAGACCGGGACGUGCAGCGGCGGUGCGUAGUUAUGUAAAUUCCGCUCGCCUUAAUGAAGGAGAUACAAGAAGCUACAAGAUUGAAUGUACCAACGGGAUCAAGCCAUUGAAUCGGGGCGAGGCAUCGGAGUGGGAAGGUGGGCAAGUUUGGAGCGUAUCUUCAGGAUGGCCCAGUGCGGCAAGCGACCACUGAUGCUUGUCACCACCGUCUGUUCUACCGCGUCCUUCGCGCUGCUGGCCAUAGCCAUGGGCACGGACUUCUGGCUCUUCUCUAGGGAAGCCAUGUUUACACCCAGGCCGAACGGGACCGACAAGCUAGCCGCCAACUCCGGGCUGUGGAACGAAUGUAUCAAGAGGCAAGAUACCAAGAAGUGCAAAAGGAUCGACUGGUUCCCCGACGAUUUUGAAUUUGACAGGCAUUCCACGGAGUUCAUACUACGCACGAUUCGAUCGACUGGCGCCUUCACUAUCGCCAGCCUGGUCAUCAAGCUGCUGGGCGGGAUCAUCAACAUGGGAGCCCUGCUGGACAGACGCCGCCUGGUGCUGAGUCUCGUCACGGGAGUCGUGGAUGUCAUCGCCGGUCUCUGCAAUCUGGUCGGUCUGAUCAUCUUUGUUUCCAUGCUGCACAAGCCUCACGGAGAUACCAGCAACUCCAAGUACCAUUUCGGCUGGUCCUUUUACUGUGCUGCAGCUUCCUUUGCCGGGAUGGAGCUUUCGGGGGUAUCAGCUGUGUACUGGUAUUCUAAACGAGAGAGGGAUGCUUGGCGUCAUUUCUGCGAAGAGUCGCCUGCUAAGGAAAAAAGCCUCUUCGCAGAGAAAAUCGACAGUCUCAGGCAUAGGACAGAGAAUGCCAAAGAGUGGCCUCCGUACACGGUUGACAUUGACGACUCGGCUGCUGCAUCCGGGGAUAUAUCCACGUACGAGUUACCGCUGCGAAAUUUCUCGCGAGAUCCCACGAGACAGACGUACGCGUCCAGUCAGCCCAUGCUGGCAGACUAUCCCACAACCUCCCGCGCGAGCGACGUUUACGUCUGCGCACGGGACCUGCUGGACUACAGGCGGCAAGCAUCUCCUGAGGUCGAUACUAGUGCAAGACGGGCAUCUUUUGGUCAAACUAGACACUUGUCCAUAGAGGAAUAUCUGGAACAGAGGUCUCCCGGUUUUGAAUAUGUUGAUCCUUCGUCACCAGCGUUCGAUUUUGAACCACCUUCUCCUCCUGGAAUGGACCUGGAAGCGUCGCCUGCCCUGUCCUGUACGUCCAGGCACACAUUCCACGGGCGCGGCUCGGUCACCGAGGACUACCUGGAACCGCCCCCGCCUGAACCGCGAUGCACGCGGGCAAACCGACGGGCUUCCCUGCCCAGGCAGCAUUCAACUCCCGUAUAUCCCUUUCCCGAGUACAUGGAUGUUCCGAUUGACUUUCUACGAAAAACCACGCCAGUUUAAGAUAGCCAGUCCUUAUAUAAAGAAAAGGAAUACAAGAACUAAGGGUAACCAACCAUGGGACCAAGACACAUCACCACAUGAUCUCAUACGCACGUGGGUUGGCACCAUCCUCCAGGGGUAUGCCGAUCGGGUGUGUGGUCAAAGUCGUCCGACCAAAGGUACAAGUAGAUACCACAGCGCCGCAUGACUGAAGAAAAAGCUUCAUUCGCCGUAGACGCUUCUGAAACGUGGUCAUCACCAUGUCUGGACACAGCAUGUGUUUUUAAGUUAUUUCCAAUGUACAGUACACUUUACAUUAUUAAAACAUUGGCAGGCUCCAUCCCUUUGAAUGUUGCUCCAAUGUCGGAAGUACUGCAUGCUGCAACAGCGAUGGUGCCGAUAUUCCCUUUGAUUACUCAAAUGUUUACGCUGUUUUCAAAGACUGAGAAACACCUGAAAGUAUUGUGCUUGGCGCUGGCAUUGCCUUGUGGUCUUUUGAUGCAUGAUAUUACGUUCUAUGGAGUUGGAGGUUAUAAGGGGUGGACAUGGGAUUUUAUUGAUAGUUUGUAGCUGCAGAGGUUUUAUCUCUACACAACGAAAUUGUGGCCGUAGCCACUUUUACAGGGUUCAAACCUCUCAGUUUUUGGUCAGCUACUGAAGAUUAGAAGACUAGAGUUAGAAGUUAGCGAAAGAACGUUAACCUUUGUGGUGCAACGAGAAGAACUCUUUUGACUUCCUAAUUACAGUUUCAUAAGGCCAUGUUGAUUUGAUUAUAUGGAUGACAUCC